AUGCGGCAUCUGUGCCGGGGCCGCGUGCUGGGCAUCUCGGUGGCUAUCGCGCAUGGGGGCUUCUCGGGCUCCCUCAACAUCUUGCUCAAGUUCCUCAUCAGCCGCUACCAGUUCUCCUUCCUGACCCUGGUGCAGUGCCUGACCAGCUCCACGGCGGCGCUGAGCCUGGAGCUGCUGCGGCGCCUAGGGCUCAUCGCCGUGCCCCCCUUCGGCCUGAGCCUGGCGCGCUCCUUCGCGGGGGUCGCAGUGCUCUCCACGCUGCAGUCCAGCCUCACGCUCUGGUCCCUACGCGGCCUCAGCCUGCCCAUGUACGUGGUCUUCAAGCGCUGCCUGCCCCUGGUCACCAUGCUCAUCGGCGUUCUGGUGCUCAAGAACGGCGCGCCCUCGCCCGGGGUGCUCGCGGCCGUGCUCAUCACCACCUGCGGCGCCGCCCUGGCAGGAGCCGGCGAUCUGACCGGCGAUCCCAUCGGGUACGUCACGGGCGUGCUGGCAGUCCUGGUGCACGCCGCCUACCUGGUGCUCAUUCAGAAGGCCAGCGCAGACACGGAGCACGGGCCGCUGACCGCUCAGUACGUCAUCGCCGUGUCCGCCACCCCACUGCUGGUUGUCUGCUCCUUCGCCAGCACCGACUCUAUCCACGCCUGGACCUUCCCUGGCUGGAAGGACCCGGCCAUGGUCUGCAUCUUCGUGGCCUGCAUCUUGAUCGGCUGCGCCAUGAACUUCACCACGCUGCACUGCACCUACAUCAACUCUGCGGUGACCACCAGCUUCGUGGGUGUGGUGAAGAGCAUCGCCACCAUCACAGUGGGCAUGGUGGCCUUCAGCGAUGUGGAGCCCACCUCUCUGUUCAUUGCCGGCGUGGUGGUGAACACCCUGGGCUCCAUCAUUUACUGCGUGGCCAAAUUCUUGGAGACCAGAAAGCAAAGCAACUACGAGGACCUAGAGUCGCAGCGUGGGGGAGAGGAGGCACAGCCAAGUGGAGAUCAGCUGCCGUUCGUCAUGGAGGAGCUGCCCGCGGAGGAUGGAAAUGGCGGGUCAGAAGGUGGCAAGGCAGCAGGUGGCUCCCCUCAGAAGAGUGGGCAAGAGGCAAGGGGCAGCCCCAGAGGAGGCCCGCUGGUGGCUAGGAGCUCACACAACACAGCCUCCCGCCCAGAGGAAGUGAGCAAGAGGUCACUGAAGGAUGCUUACCUCCAAGUGUGGAGGUUAGUUAGGGGAACUAAGUACAUGAAGAAGGAUUAUUUGAUAGAAAAUGAGGAGUUACCCAGUCCUUGAAAAGGAAAUGCAUGUAUGUAUAUAUGUACAUACACUUAUUUUGUAUGUUAGAGAUACCGUAUUUUAAUGAGGGGCUGCCUGAUUUUAUUCUUUGAGGAGUGGGGAAGGGAAGCAAAGAAGGAAGCUGUAACAGACUGACAGUAACAGCAUAAGCACAGUGUGAAUUAUUUAGUGUGAGCUUACCUGAGGCAUCACAGAGACAAAAGCAUGUGAAGGUGCUUAAUGAGGGAAAGCAGCGGUUCUGGCUGCAGACUUCUGGCACACGAAUUGUAUGUCUUUAUAACCGUAACCAAAUAUCUGCAUGUACUUAGAAUUCCUCAGUCCACCCCUUCCAAAGAUGGAGCAUAGACAGGAUGCCCGCACUUAAAAAGCUCAAAGAGGACCCAGGUACAUCUUCAGUGAUAGUAGAGCUACAGUUUUUAUAGCCAGCUG